UCAUUUCAGAACUCGAAAGUCGCAAUAAAACUCAUACCGAGGAACAAAGUGGAGAUUUCAAGACCUUUGUUGCUGGAGCUAAAGCGGAUGAAGGAUCUCCAGCAUGAUCAUCUUGUACGAUUUUACGGUGCCUGUCUCGAGCCGCCGCAUUGUUGUCUCCUAACCGAAUACUGCCCCAAAGGAUCUCUUCAGGAUAUACUAGAGAACGAACAGAUAAAGCUCGAUCGCGUGUUCAGAGGAUCCCUGAUACACGAUAUCGUGCGUGGUAUGGUAUAUCUCCAUGCAUCGGAAGUGAAGAGUCACGGUAAUCUCAAGUCUUCAAACUGCGUUGUUGAUUCACGAUUCGUCCUGAAAAUCGCCGACUUCGGUUUGCAUGAGCUGAGAAGAAGCGCAGAUGUGGAUUCAGAUGGUGAUAAGAACAGUUACGCCUAUUGGAGGAAACAGCUUUGGACAGCUCCGGAAUUGCUGAGGAUGGAGAGACAACUGCCCGAAGGCACUCAGAAAGGUGACGUGUACAGCUUUGCUAUAAUCGUUCACGAGAUCGUGAUGCGCCAAGGGCCAUUCUACUUGGGAGACAAUAACGAACUCUCUCCAAAGG